CGCUCCCCCUUACUCCCUGCGUAGCGGCCGCAGGGGCCGCCGCUGUCGCUGGCUGCAGCCGCUUGGGGAGGCGGAGGCAACGGGCGGGGACCUCUCCGCGCCGAGCCCGCGGCCCUGACGGUGUUUCCGGAUUUGGGAGAUAAAAUUCAUGCUCCUGAAGUAACUAGAGGUUCUCAGCUGCAGAGAUGUUGGAGGAGGAUAUGGAAGUGGCCAUCAAGGUGGUGGUGGUAGGAAAUGGAGCAGUUGGGAAGUCCAGUAUGAUUCAGAGAUAUUGCAAAGGAAUUUUUACAAAAGACUACAAGAAAACUAUUGGAGUAGAUUUCUUGGAGAGACAAAUUCAAGUUAAUGAUGAAGAGGUCAGGCUGAUGUUGUGGGACACAGCAGGUCAAGAGGAGUUUGAUGCAAUAACUAAGGCCUAUUAUAGAGGAGCCCAGGCUUGUGUGCUUGUAUUUUCUACCACUGACAGGGAUUCUUUUGAAACAAUCCCCACCUGGAAGGAGAAAGUCGUGGCCGAAGUUGGAGACAUCCCCACGGUGCUUGUGCAGAAUAAGAUUGACCUCCUGGAUGAUUCUUGUAUAAAGAAUGAAGAGGCAGAAGCAUUGGCAAAAAAGUUAAAGUUAAGAUUCUACCGAGCAUCAGUGAAAGAGGACCUAAAUGUAACUGAAGUUUUUAAAUAUUUGGCUGAAAAAUAUCUUCAAAGGCUCAAACAACAAACAGCUGAAGAUCCAGAUGUAGUACAUACAAGUAGUAACAAAAUUGGUGUUUUUAAUACAGCUGGUGGAAGUCAUUCAGGCCACAAUUCUAGCACACUUAAUGGUGGAGAUGUCAUCAACCUUAGACCAAACAAACAGAGGACCAAGAAAAACAGAAGUCCUUUUAGCAGUUGCAACAUACCUUAGAAACACUUUCGGAAGGAAAAAGAAUGACAGUCAUUUGGAUGAAGUCGUGCAAUUAAAUACGGAAUACAGCCAGCUAUAGAGGUAUUUUACCAGUGCUCUAGCAAACCUUGCACCUACAGGAUCCUUGAUAGAUGGUGGAUUUAAAUAAUAUUGCUGUUGCAAUGUUUAUUUUGUAUGUAAAGUGAGACCCCGGUGGCAAAACAAACAAACAAAAUAUAGAACCAUUGUUGUCCCUGUGCAUUUUUUUUUAAAUUGGAUGAGCUUUUCCUGUUUGAAGGAAUGAUGUACAAAGCUAUGUAAUAGGUUUGGCUGAAUGGUUAAGCAUAUUAAAAAUGUAAGCAUAGUGCUUACAAGUAUCGGUACAUAAUAACAUGACCCAAGGUGAAGUAGCUUCCUUCCAAUUACAUUUACCUGCAAAUUUGAUAGAAGAGUGGUAGUCAGCCAGGACUCUGAAAAGUAAAAUGAGAAGCAAAAGGCAGACAUCAUAUUUGUCAGAUUACACUAAUACAUAUUCUGGCAAUUUUAUUGGUGCAAUAAGUUUGUAUAUUAUAUGAAUGUUAAGUAAGGUGUGUACGUAGAUAUUUGGUACAAGUACUCAGACCACACAAGAGGAUACAGUAUUGGAUUAAAAUAGCAUCCUUAAAAAUGUUUUCACUUCUUAAAAUUUUGCAUUUCAAAUGAGGCUUUCUAAAGGAGUUCUGUUCAUUCAUUAAUUAACUCACUACACUUUUUGGGCCUUAAAGCUUAGGUUUAAGAAGAGAUGUGCCAAAAACAUUUUUUCCUGUUUAUUUUGUAAUGCACUACAGAUAUUUUUGUAAAGUUUGUUUGUGUCAGUCAUAACAGGGUAAACAAG